AUGCCCUCAUGGUUAACAAAGAUCACAUGCAGGAUUUAUGAAGAAUCCGGGCUAUUCCCAUCACCAAUUAACCAUGUCCUCAUCAAUGAAUAUCUUCCUAACCAAGGCAUAAUGGCACACCAGGAUGAGCCUGCUUACUAUCCUGUCGUAGCAAUUCUGUCUUUUGGGUCACCUGUUGUUAUGAAUUUUACUCCCCAUUCAAGAUUAACAUUAGGUGCAGGCACAUGCACACGCAAACAUAAAACUGAUGCUGAUUACUUGCUGGAUGAACACCAUCCAUUUCAUGUUUUAUUGAUGCCACGCAGUUUGCUUAUAUUCAAAGAUGAAGCAUACACAGAUUACUUGUAUGCUAUAAACGACAGUGAGAUACAGCAUUAUGAUAAGGCUGUAAACGAAGCACAAGCUCUACCUUGGCAAGGUCUAGAUCAUCCAGCUGUUGAAACAGUGAAUACUAGAUCACCAGAGUUUCUUUGA